AUGUCUACCAAUAUCUCGACGUCCAUUACCACUACAGCCGCUGCGUUGCUUGCCAUUACCACUCCAUUUGUGCAGCCACCAGCCUGUGAUUCCUGGAGGACCACAACUGUACGCGCAAGACCCUUGACGUUGGUUAAUGGUACUACACUGUCCAUUCCCGUAGUCGUUUCUGAGCCAGCUUCAUCAUGCUACCCCUCCGGAUGGAAGCAAUUUCCGAGGGAAAGUCGCCUUCAUUUCAACCCGGGGGUAUGCCCUGAAGGGUGGACAUACUUCGACAUGGCUGAAGCCGCACUCUACUCAACGGCCUUCUGCUGUAAUAGCGGCUUCUCCUAUACGUAUUUUAACGACUACUCACCCUUUGGGUCAUUAGUCUCUCUUGGGUGUGUGAAAGGGGGCCCGAAGACUUCAAGUAACUCCGCUACGCCAGACACGAGCUCAACAGAUACCGUGCAUGAAGCCUGGGUUGUAACCUGGAAGAGAACCGACACACCGACGCUGACACCGAAGCUGCCUACGCUGACCAACUACAUGACGGUACCGACGUGGACACCCGGCGAAAAGAUCCCCGACGGCAAAUAUGAUGCGACUAAAAGCGGAAGUGGAAAUCAGUAUCCGAGCCAGAGUCUGAUUUUCUUCAUUACAAUCGGAAUACCUCUCAUUUCAGCUACUUUGAUCGGUUCAUGUGUGUGGUGCUGCGUAAGAGAAUGCAAGAAGCAAAGACGGCAGAAGAGGCUUGAUAAAGUCACCGGUGGGGGCCUAUCUCCAAGUAUAUAUAGAUGA